CCAAACACGGACAAUCGAAAAUGGCAGCAUCUUUCGGAGGCUACUCCAUUCUCCUUUCUCUCGCACUGGUUUCCAUGCUCAUCGCCCCCUCGUCGGCCGGCCGGAAUGCCAACCUCCGGCAAGUAUGCUCGAGGACGCACGACAGGAGCCGCUGCAUGCGCUUGCUGGUUCCUGAGACGCGAUAUUCGGACGGCGACGCCCGGAGCAUUGCGGAGGCUGCGAUCAACUUGGCGUAUAGAAAGGCGAGAGAAAUCACCAGCAGCGGCGGCGACGACAGUGCGGCAUGGAGGUUCUCGUGUACCAGAAACUACGGCAAAGCCAUUAGAGGCCUGGACCGGAGCAGGAGACUGCUCAACGAUGGCGACUACAGGCGCGUGGCGAGGCAGGUCGACGAAACCAUGGAAGAAGCUCGCCGCUGCCGGCGCCGCCUCGAUGGUUUCUCCGGCGAUUAUGAUUUCGCCAAGAGACGCAACAAGGAAUUUGAAGUUCUCUGCAGCGCAGUGAAGGUUUGCGCUAAAAUUCUGUCCAGUGAUAAUUAGAAAUUGAAGUUGUUCUUCCCUCUGUUUAAUUCCAUGGAUGAACGAAUGAAAUUCUUUUUGAAAUUUCGAUCAGAUUUGUCGUCUAAUCUAAUGCGAAUUAACUGAGAGUAGUAAACAUAAAUUUGAAGUAGCACUAAAUUAACCAUGUAUAUCACAGCAUAUGUCAUGUCAUCCGAAUG